UGAGACACGCAAGUGGCACCGAUCCCUUCCUUCGUCCCCCUUCCCCUUGCUUGCUUAUCCUCGUUCCAGUCGGUCGUUCUCCCCUGGCCCCAAGCCAAGACCUCCAACCACCACUCCGACUCCAGAUUCCUUCUCCCGCCCCAACUCCCUCCCUGAAGACUAGCCGGUGCUCGUGCCGUGCCCUUCACUGUUUCCGGUUGGACUUUGGACCCUGCGUAUCCAGAUCUACAAGUUUCCCUCCCUCCAUAUAUUCAGCUUCCGAGCAGAGUAUCCCAGCCCCAACCCGCCGUUCUCUCGCGCGCCGAUCGGACCGGAGGCUCGCCGUUCCACCAUGGCAGAGGCCGGCGACCCCACCCUGGAGCAGGGGCUCCUCGCUGACCCGGAGGAAUCGAACCAACUUACAUACACUGGAGAUGGAUCCGUCGACUUUUCUGGAAACCCUGUCGUGAAGGAGAAAACUGGUAGAUGGAAGGCAUGCCCGUUCAUCUUAGGUAAUGAAUGCUGCGAGCGGUUGGCCUAUUAUGGCAUCUCGACAAACCUUGUGACUUAUUUGACGAAAAAACUGCAUGAUGGUAACUCCUCUGCUGCUAGAAACGUGACUACAUGGCAGGGAACUUGCUAUUUGACUCCCCUUAUUGGAGCUAUUCUGGCUGAUGCAUACUGGGGGAGGUAUUGGACGAUCGCAACGUUCUCCACAAUAUACUUCAUUGGGAUGUCAGUACUGACUCUUUCAGCAUCAGUUCCUAUGCUCAUGCCUCCAUCUUGUGAAGGAGUCAUUUGCCCAGAAGCCAGUCCUUUGCAGUAUACCGUAUUUUUUCUUGGUCUUUACCUGAUUGCGCUCGGUACUGGUGGAAUCAAGCCAUGUGUCUCAUCUUUUGGAGCGGAUCAAUUUGAUGACACAGAUCCGGCUGAGCGAAUCCAGAAGGGAUCUUUCUUCAAUUGGUUCUAUUUUUCAAUAAACAUUGGUGCUCUUAUAUCAAGCAGUUUUCUGGUUUGGGUGCAAGACAAUUUAGGAUGGGGAUUAGGCUUUGGCAUUCCGACAGUUUUCAUGGGUCUUGCCAUCAUAAGCUUCUUCGCCGGCACGUCACUUUAUAGAUUCCAAAAGCCAGGUGGCAGUCCUAUCACACGAGUAUGCCAGGUAGUUGCUGCCACUUUGCGCAAGUGGAAUGCACAUGUUCCAGCUGACAGCUCUCUCUUGUACGAGCUACCAGAUGGGGUUUCAGCAAUUGAAGGGAGUCGGCAGUUGGAGCACACUGAUGAACUCAGAUGUCUGGACAAGGCGGCUACAAUUACUGAUCUUGAUGUGAAAGAAGAUAGCUUCAACAACCCAUGGCGGGUGUGCACCGUCACCCAGGUGGAGGAACUGAAGAUUUUGGUAAGGAUGUUCCCUGUCUGGGCAACGACAAUUGUGUUUUCAGCUGUCUAUGCUCAGAUGUCCACCAUGUUUGUGGAACAAGGGAUGGUGCUUGAUCCAACGAUCGGCUCAUUCAAGAUCCCUCCAGCAUCUCUAUCCACCUUUGACGUGGUUAGUGUCAUCAUAUGGGUUCCUAUCUACGACAGCAUCCUGGUCCCGAUAGCCAGGAGGUUCACCGGCAAGGAGAGGGGCUUUUCAGAGCUGCAGCGGAUGGGCAUCGGCCUGGUAAUCUCCAUCCUAGCAAUGUCAGCAGCCGCGGUCCUCGAGAUAAAAAGGCUGGCCAUCGCCAGGGAGGCGCACCUGGUGGACCAGAACGUCCCGGUCCCGCUGAGCAUCCUGUGGCAAAUCCCUCAGUACUUCCUGGUCGGCGCCUCGGAGGUGUUCACCUUCAUCGGGGCGCUCGAGUUCUUCUACGACCAGUCGCCGGACGCCAUGAGGAGCCUCUGCAGCGCGCUGCAGCUCAUCACCACCGCGCUCGGGAACUACCUCAGCGCCUUCAUCCUCACCAUGGUCGCCUACUUCACGACGAGGGGAGGGAGACCCGGGUGGAUCCCCGACAACCUGAACGAGGGGCGCCUCGAUAACUUCUUCUGGCUGCUCGCGGGGCUCAGCUUUCUCAACUUCUUGGUGUACGUGCUGUGCGCCAACAGGUUCAAGAGCAAGAAAGCGGCUUGAGCUUUUGAUUGAUGGUCAGAAAAGUUGGACGGCGUCGGAGCAACUUGCUUGAAAGGUCUAAAAGACUUGGGAGGUGUCAUCCUGUACAUGUAUACUUCGAAAUCUGUAUAUAUGUUUCUCAGUACAUUAUCCCUCUGUUUAAGCACGUGUUUACUUUUUUAACAAGCUGUAAUUCUCUUUGUAUUAGAAUCCAGUGUGGGUCAUGGAUCUCCUUUCAUGUACAUAUAUUUUAUUCACUUGAAGUUGGCAAAUUCAGCCCAUCAAGGAGCUGCAGUCUCCUGUUUAGCAUUCA